CUUAUGGUUGUAGUUCAACUUGGAAAUGGCGCUUUUUUGUUUGACAAGAUAUCAUUUGUGUUUAAAAGUCUAAGAAACUGGUUUACAUUGUGUUCGAAUGUUUAAAUCUUUUUCAAUUGCUGCAUUAAACAUGGAUUUUUGUUCCCUAGUUUUGAUUACACUUUUAGCUCAAGCUGUUCAACUUCAUGGCUAUGAGGGUCCGAAAGUCGCUCCAUUUUCAUCACUUGUCAAACCUGUGAUUGGUGGGAAAACUUCAUUCAUCUGUCUUAGUCUUUCCGGGUCCCCACCGUAUCAAAUAGUAUGGUUUAAAGACGGUAAACAAAUAUAUGAUUCACCAGAUAUUAGAGUUGGUUCUGUACAAGAGUCGUCAGUUUUGCUCAUUGACUCUAUACAAUCUAGUCACUCUGGAAAUUACACUUGCAAAAUUUCAAACAAACAUGGAUCAGACUCUUACACCACUGAACUUUCAGUUGAAGGUCCACCAAACUGGAUUAAAAACCCCAAUAAUGUGAAAUCUGCAAUACAUCAAAUGGUUAAUGUCAAAUGUCUUGUUUCUGGAUAUCCAAAACCUAUGAUAACCUGGAAAAAAUUACAAGGAUCAACAUGGGUGCAACUUGACGUUCAACAUAAUGGUGAUUUACGGAUCAUGAAUGCUACUAAGAAUCACGGAGGAAGAUAUGGAUGUUUAGCUUCAAAUGGGAUUGAACCUGACCUUUGGUCAGAGUUCGAUAUUUCAAUAGAGGCCCAAUGGACACAAAAUACUAUUUUUUAGACCUGGCGGGUUGAAAGCAAUUGGUUUGAAUGAAUCUAUGCUGAGCGCAAAUCGAUGAAGAGAAAUUGAGUUUACCAAAACAUAAUAAGGUAUCUGCAAAACGGUCUGUCAAAUCUGGAAAAUCAAAGAAAUGUUUAUUCAACUGGUUUCUUUACUACUUCUUGUUGGUUCGUUGUACGGCCAGAAAAUGUGUAACUUUCGUUUUUAGCCCCAAAAGCACGACUGUCCUUCCUUUUCCAACCAAAAGUCGGUGAUAAAACUGCUGUUGCAUGCUUGGUCGAUAGUGGUGAAGCUCC